CCGGUGAGCCACGUCAUCACAAGUCACAACAAACAUGGCGACCCGCUGCACCUGCCCGGCUUCUCUGGCUGUGUUUGCGCUCAUUGCGGCGCUUUUAAUUGCGUUUUAUACCGCAGGUUCAAGUGUAACGUGCUCGGUUGUCUCUCUGACGGUUGUUACCGUACUGGUGUCGCUGUGGUUGUGGAGUUUGAGGCGGCGGAACGGCGGUACAGACCGGCGGGUGUGUGUGCUUGUGUUGGGGGAUAUCGGUCGCAGCCCUCGGAUGCAGUAUCACGCUCUGUCCCUCAGCAAGCACGGAUAUAACGUUACCUUUGUCGGGUUUUUAGAUACCAAACCUCAUCAAGACGUGCUGAGAGAGGAGAAAAUAAGGAUAGUGCCCAUAAUAGAAGUGAAAGGUGUUCGAGGUAACUGGAAACACGUGGGGCCAAAAAUCCUCACGUAUGUGACGAAGGUGAUCCUUCAGUGUCUGCAGCUCCUGCAUGUGCUGCUGAAGAUGGAAACCCAGUCUCAUAUACUGAUGCAGAAUCCCCCGGGCCUGCCCAGCAUUGCGGUGGCCUGGCUUGUGUGCGUCCUUCGCGGCAGCAGAUUCGUCAUCGACUGGCACAACUACGGCUACACCAUCAUGGCUCUGAGCCACGGCCAGACACACCCGCUGGUCCGACUGGCAAAGUGGUAUGAACACUUCUUCGGCCCUCUGGCCACUCACAACCUUUGUGUUACCAAUGCAAUGAAGGUCGACUUGCAGAACAACUGGGGCAUCAAGGCGACGACUCUGUACGACAGACCUGCCUCCAUCUUCAGAGAGACUCCACUGAAGCUGCAGCACGAGCUCUUCAUGAGACUGGCCAAGGCGUAUCCUCAGUUCCAGAGCAAAGAGUCUGAGGAGGUGGAGGUGGAGAAGACAGUUUUCUCAGUUUGUGACCUCGCUGGAGACACUGUGACGUUGAGGACGGAGCGACCGGCGCUGCUGCUCAGCAGCACCAGCUGGACAGAGGAUGAAGACUUCUCCGUCCUGCUGACGGCUCUUGAAGAGUACGAAGGUUUCAUUGAAGGAGGAGCUUCCUUACCGUCUUUAGUCUGUGUGAUCACAGGUAAAGGUCCCCAGAAGGAACACUACAGGAAGUUGAUUGACUCUCUGCAUUUGGAGCAUGUGAAGAUCUGCACUCCCUGGCUGGAGGCAGAAGACUAUCCGGUCUUGUUAGGUUCAGCAGAUCUGGGCGUUUGUCUCCACAAGUCCUCCAGCGGUCUGGAUCUCCCCAUGAAGGUGGUGGACAUGUUCGGCUGCUGCCUGCCCGUCUGCGCCAUCCACUUCAACUGUUUACACGAGCUGGUGAAGCACGGGGAGAACGGACUGAUCUUCAGAGACUCUCGGGAGCUCGCAGAGCAGCUCAAGUCUCUCCUGUCAGAGUUUCCCGGUUCAGGCGGCAGACUGGGAGUGUUCAGGAGGAACCUCCGCGCCAGCAGAGGGCAGCGCUGGGACGACAACUGGGACCACAACGUCCUGCCUCUGAUCUCUGCUCCCUGAUGGGAUGCAAAAUUACGAAUCCCACUAUGGCCACGCCAAGACCAGCCCUACAAAGCAGCUUGAUCAGUUGGGGGUUAGGCAUUUCACCUCGAGUGGUUAAGGUUAGGAUAGCCGAUUGGUCAGGGGAUAGGACCUGUACAAAUCAGGUUACGUUGCCUUGCGUAAGCAUGGACGCCUGGCCAAUAGUAGCUAUUGAAGGGCGGGUCUUGGCAUGGCCAUAGUAGGGGAAAAAAUAUCACUGAUGGGACACCAGAGUGGGACUUUAAUGACCAAAAUGUGUUAACGGGGAUGAACUGCAGAGUAGUCGUGUUAGAAUAUUUGGGAUGAAAGACGGUAGGUGCAUCUUUUGUUUUAAUGUCUUGUAACAUGAAGGUUGAGGAUUCUUUGGAUAAUUUGACUAACGCCCAGGUGAGAAACUCUCCACCUGUUAAGUAAAAAAACGUUUCAUUCCAGCGCUUUCUUCCUCCUCCAGAGAACUUGAAUGUAUAAAAAAGGACACUUUGAUACGAUGUACAUUUGUAAAUAAAAUCUUUAUUGUGCUAGAGUU